AUGUCAUCUAGUACCGAUGUGUCCAGGUGCAUAUCUCACCUCCAUCGUACAGAGUUGCAUGGCCAACAGAUAUCUGUAGAAAAGUGGAAGAGCGAUCCUUCCAAGCGUGACCAAAAGAAAGAGGGGGAUGACAAAAGUAGUUCUGGGAAAACAUCCAGUGAGAGGAAGUCAUCAGGUGGUGAUAAAAGCAGCAAGCCUCCAAGUUCAGUAAAAAAAGAUGACAAAAAAUCUGACAAGACUGAGAAGACUGACAACAAAGAUUCCAAGAAAGAUGGCAAAGAAAGGAGUGAUGAUGGAGCUGGAGGCUCUCAAGACCCAACAAAGAAGAAUGAAGAAAGAAAGCGGCCAGGUAAAAGUCCUGGACAAAUGGUAGUAAUAGAUCAGACUAAAGGAGAUCAACAAUACAUGAGGCCACAGAUGAGAAGAGGCCGUUUUGAUAAGAUGAGAAAUAGAGAGCGGUUUUUUCAGAACAAAAUGAAGUUCAGGGACAAAAAAGACAUCUUGACAUUUGAAAAAAUGAAGGCACAAAGACUCAGAGAAAAUGUUGAACGUCUGCAACGAUUGCAGAGAUACCACAGAGCUGUGGAACUGCGAAGGCGCAGGGAAAUGGCAGAGAGAGAGCGUCGGGAAAGGGAGCAUGUACGAAUAAUGAGAGAGCGUGAAGAGCUUGACCACCUACAAAGGGAGCGUGAAAGACUCGAAAUAGAAAGACAGAAGCUGGAACGUGAGCGAAUGGAGCGAGAGCGUCUAGAAAGAGAGCGUAUUCGAAUUGAGCAAGAAAGGCGAAAAGAAGCUGAGCGCAUUGCACGUGAAAGAGAGGAACUGAGGCGACAACAAGAGCAGCUUCGCUUUGAGCAGGAGAAAAGAAACUCUUUAAAACGACCUCGUGAUGUUGACCACAGGAGAGAUGAUCCUUUUUGGAAUGAGAACAAGAAGAUGGCAAUGGAUACAGACUCUCGCUUCAGCCAAGGAUCUGACUUCAACCGUCAGCAGAAUAGGUUCAAUGACUUUGACCAUAGAGAGCGUGGUCGGUAUCCAGAAUCUUCAUCUGCAACAUCUUUUGACAGACGUGAUCGAUUUGAGGCACCAGAAGGCAAAAAGGGUUUUAACAAGAACUUUGGUGAUUCAAGAAGAAACGAUGCAGCACAACCUCGAAAUGAACCACGAGACACAGACCGGAGGGAUCGGGAUGAAAGGAGACCUGUGGGUAUGGAAAGAGCAGGUGGAAACAGACCUGAAGGCCAAAGUCAUGAAAGAGGUAGAAUGAGCAGUCAAGAUAUGCAGCAUGGUCGCCACCAGAGAGACCCUCCAGGAAACCAACCACGCUCAGCUAAUUGGAAAGGAGGAAUGCCUCCAGAUAAGCGCGAUACAAGGCCGGGUAGAGCUGGCCCUGGCCAUGCUUCCAGAGGUGGUCAUAGCAGUCGUGGGGGAAAAUCUGGCUAUAGCGGGAGAGAUGGUGACCGGCCAGUCAUGGCAGGAGAUCGUGGUAGUGGACAACAUUAUAAUGAAGGCAGACACAUGGCCCCAGGAAGGGAUAAUACAGGGCCAAGAAAGGAAUGGCACAGUCCAAACACACGAGGGGGUGGAUAUGACAACAGAAGAAUGCCAGAUGGUCACAGUGGAGGCAUGAUGUCUUCACAUUCCAGUAAUUCAGCCAUCAACAGAGUUGUACCGAUGCCGGGUGGAUCCAUGCAGCGAGGAAGUGGCUCUGGAUUCAAGUCGUAUAAGGGAGCACCUCAAAGGAGAUACUAA